AUGAGAAGAAAAGAGGUUACCUUCAGUCGGAGACUUCGCCAGUGUUCGGAGCCUCCAUUUCCAUAUUCGAAAUGUGAAGAGGAGUGCACGAGGGAGGAGAACAAGAUACCUAGGGAUCAGCCCGAUCCAACGGCGGACGGCGAAGAUUGGGGCGGAUCCAAGCUAUCCGGAGGAACAUCCUCGUAUCAGACAAAGGAACCAGACAACCCGGGCAACAGUUUUUUCAUCCAGGGUGGAGUGGUUCAGCUUUUUCAGGCCAAUUCGAGGAGAAGCGAAAGACAAGCAGCAAUAGAAGCCGCCUUCUUUUUCCAGGAAACCAAACAAGCCGUUAACCGUUUGGCGGAGAAAACCCCCAAAAACCUCUCUUCGAAUCCACCACCGCUCGAGCAACAAGCUCAGGCCGAUGUACUUCCAGAGGUCCUCAAACAUUCUUUACCUUCCAAGGUCUUCAGGCAACCGUCCGAUCCUUCGUCUCUCUCAAGGGCCUCCAAGUGGGCCCUCCAUUCUAAUCCAAACAAUGGCUCCGGUUCUUCCCCUGAUGCCUUGAAUCCUCUCAGGGCGUACCUUUCUUUUCCCCAGGUCACUUUUGGCCCCAAAAGGUCACAGCUUUGGCCCUUUCUUUUUAAAACAAAUUCUGGGUUUUCUUUUCUUUUUCUUUUUUCCUAUUGUAUUUGGAUGGAGAAAUUUGCAGGUGGGAGCUGUCGAGUACGGAGAAUUCCAUCUCGGCAUCAACGGCUAAUGAAUUGCAAAAGGACAAAUAUACGCCUCUCAAUCCGGAGAAGUUGAAAGCUGCUGCUGAAGGACUUAAGCGGAGUUUGUUCUUUCAUUUAUCUCUUCUUUUAGCUUCACUGAUAUAUCAUGUACAACUAUGGAAAUUUGGUGUUGAUUAGCUUUAUUGCCAUCUAAUUUGAAUUCGGGAACAUUUUGAUUACUAGUUUCAAUUGCCUUUCUGUACCAAAAAUACUUAGCUAAGGCUUAUAAUACUCAGCUUUUGUGUUUAUUUUAUAUAGUUGGAAUCAU